UCCAAUGGCUUAAUAUAAGUACCAAUAACUAAAUUACGCCCAACAUUCUCUCCUACCAAAACAUAUUAUUCAAUCUUCAUCCCUUUUAACCGCCGGCCGUCUUUCACUUCUCCGGCGAUAUCAUUUUUUCCCGUCAAGAGCUACUCUCAGCAGAAUUUGUCACAGAUGGCUUCUUCCUUCCGAGCAUUCUUGAACAGUCCAGUUGGUCCAAAAACAACUCACUUUUGGGGACCUGUUGCCAAUUGGGGAUUUGUUCUUGCUGGACUGGUGGACAUGAAUAAGCCGCCAGAAAUGAUUUCUGGCAACAUGACUUCAGCAAUGUGUGUCUAUUCAGCAUUGUUCAUGAGGUUUGCAUGGAUGGUACAGCCACGAAACUAUCUUCUGUUGGCAUGCCAUGCUUCAAAUGAGACAGUACAGCUCUAUCAACUUUCACGUUGGGCUAGAGCUCAAGGGUAUUUGUCUGAGAAGAAAGAGGAAGCCUCAUCUCAGUAAAGUACCUUUCUUUCCAAGCUGCUUUUCUUUCCAUUUUGAGAUUCUGCUAUUUUCUUGUGAUCCCUGUAAGAAUCUAUUCUGAGCUUUACUUUAUAAAGAAAUUGAUUUAAUUCAA